AUGGGACGCUCUGGAUGGGACGCUCUGGAUGAGACGCCCUGGUUGAGACGCCCUGGAAGAGACGCCCUGGAUGGGACGCUCUGGAUGGGACGCUCUGGAUGGGACGCUCUGGAUGGGACGUUCUGGAUGGGACGCCCUGGAAGAGACGCCCUGGAUGGGACGCUCUGGAUGGGACGCUCUGGAUGGGACGCUCUGGAUGGGACGUUCUGGAUGGGACGCUCUGGAUGGGACGCCCUGGAUGGGACGCUCUGGAUGGGACGCCCUGGAUGGGACGCUCUGGAUGGGACGCCCUGGAUGGGACGCUCUGGAUGGGACGCCCUGGAUGGGACGCUCUGGAUGGGACUGUCAGGGCUGCUCCUCCAGCAGCCCCUCCCUCCCCUGCUUCUCCUGGAGCCGCCUCCCAGAGCAGUACGAACUGGCCAAAGAAUGAACCCAGCAGACCACAUCAACCAGACCCUUUCUGCCCAGAUGUCUCUGUUGGAGCAACAUGACAAUACGCUCAAGGCCCUCAUGGAACACAUGAAGGAGUUUUCUAUCAGCCUGGCAAGCCUGAGGACUCAAGUAAUCAACACAACGGCCACUGAUAAUAUUUCUGCUCCUUCUGCUGCCCCAUCGCUAGUCCUGCCUCCUCCUACCAGAGAUGUUUUUGUUCCUCCACCGGCACCGUACCACGGCGACCUGGGGUCAUACCUCCGUUCCGCACCGCCUGACCCCAGCCCAGCACCGCCUGACCCCAGCUCUGCACCCAGCCCUGCCCCGCCUGGUCCCAGCCCCAUUCCCGGCUCUCCUGUGUUUUGA